AUGUCUACGGUGGUUCUGAGCAAUUACGAGGAGUCCCCGCAAAAGCUUAAUUGUGUGCACCACGAGGAACAAUCGUGCGCACAGCUCCAAGCGGAGUUGUCUCUUCGGACGCGCGGCUCACCUCCCCCAGGUUCCUCUGACAGGUUGGCCACCACCGGACCUACUCACUUCCCUGUGGGGAUCUGGUCGAAGCUCCGUUUGUCCCUGCUCCGGGAAAGCCUACUACUGGCGCUGGGUCUAGCUCCUCUGCGAGAAGAUUUGCAACUCCUGAAGCAUUCCUCGCUAGAGGAAGAAGGGCCUCCACGGCCAGUGGCCCACGGAGUGCCAGCGGAGCGGCUUGCAAACCCCCGUAGGGGUAUCCCUACUUCCUCCCCUGUGGGCCUGGUAGACGCUCCGCUGGCCCCUGCCCGGGGAGGGCCACUAGCGUGGUGCCUAGCUCCUCUUCGAGGAGACUCGCGUGCAGUAGAUUUCCUCGCUAGAGAAAGAAGCCCCCCCACGGCUAGUGGCCCAUGGAGUGCCCUCUCCGAGUCUCCUGCGUGCAUUCUCGAUAACCCUUCCCCGACCCACCAAGACACAUGA